UCUAACUGAGGCCUGUCCAAACAAUUUCACAAUACAACGCCAGCUUUUACUGUUUUAUGUAUUUCUCUAACUUAUUAGAGAUUCUUGCAAAUCUAUUCUGAGUGAUCUCCGUAGUGACGUAACGUAGCUCUAUGAAGAUCGCCCCGUCCCACUUCAAAUCUCAUUACUUUGUUUCUUAUCUUUCCGCCUGCAAACAUUCUGAAUGUUUACUUUGUUGCUAGUAGCAUCCUCUUCUCCUAAGGUUUUGUCCGGGAUUUCCCCUAUUUUAAAGUGAGCUUUUCCUCAUCUAUUCAGGAAUAUCUAAAUCCCGAUCUUUGGCACGAAGAAUGAAUAAGCACACGACGGUGUGACUUGUUCCACAAAUGCCGUUAACCAAUGGGCGGACGUCAAAACGAGAGAUGGUAAUUUGUACUGACGCCAUCUCCGCUCUUGUCAACCAAUCGGGUUAAGGCUGGCGGCUCUUACAAACUCGUGCAUCUAUCUAACAGUGCCAGCCAUCAAUCAGCGAAUGUAUCAAAAAGGGAAUAGUAGACUGUCCAGCUGCUGGGUCGCGAGAUAACUCAGCGUAUAAAACACGACAACAUUUGGAACGCUAUGCCAGAGUUAUUGAAGCGCGCAAAGGUCUAGAGAACAUCCGAGGGAAGAUAACGAAUCUUGAUAUUGGUAAACACCUUUCUACUUCUCUCAUUUGCGUCGCAGUGGGCAAGAGUAAUGACAGAGCUAGCAACGCAUAAUUCUACAGCCAUGGGAAACUUUUCAUACCUGUCGGGAAACGAAUCUUCAAGUUCGAUUCGAAUAGAUGCUCCGCCACUCUACGAAGUGAUCAUUCAGUGUAUUUUCCUCUUUGCCGUAUUGAUAGUUGCUGUGGUCGGUAACGGGAUCGUCAGCUUAUGUGUGUUCACAAAUAAACACUUACAAGUACCCACUAACUAUUUUAUUGUAAGCCUCGCGGCGGCAGAUUUUUUGUUCGCCGUUUUGGCGCUGCCGUUUCGCCUCUACGAUGUACUCGCAGGUUACAAGUGGCACCUAGGCCUUCAUACUUGCCGCUACUGGGUCUGGCUUGAUUUGCUCUUCUGCUCGGCCUCCAUAGCAAACCUGGCGGCAAUAAGUGUUGAUCGCUAUUUGAAGAUCUCCUCACCACUCACGUACAAUUCGAGAAUGACUCCAAAGCGUGUAGUGCUCGUCCUGGUCCUGCUCUGGGGCUAUUCCAUGAUCCUUGCAAGCCUCACUCUUGUCCAGUGGUCGCCAGACCCGAAGGAUCAAGGCCGCGGUACCAUCGUCGAGAAUGGCAUCUGCCGAAUGGAAGCUAAGAUCUACCUCACCAUCAUCUCCGUGAUUGGCUUCUUCGCUCCGUUCGCUAUCAUGGUCCUCAUGUACUAUUUUGUGUUUAAAGUCGCAGUGGAGCACGCGUCCAGAGUUGCGCGCCAGCACGAGUCUUUACGCACCAGGCACACAGUCACGCGCAAGAAACGCAACCGUCGCCGGUCAUCCAGCUCUAUUGCUCUCCUCGAAGUCAAAGCCACCAAAACGCUAAUCCUUUUACUGAGCGUUUUUUGCUUGUGUUGGUGUCCUUACUUUGUGAUCUCGCUUAUUAGUCUCCACAGAAUUGAGUGGUUCUAUGCACUACCUCUCUGGCUGAACAAACUGUUGCGGAUUAUGUUUGUACUGUUUUUACCGAACUGUAAUUCCGCGCUGAACCCUAUUGUGUACUCAACAAAUAACCAUCAGUUUCGUAGCGUUAUCCGACGCAUGGCGCGCAAACAGCGCGAAAGGGCGCGCAACUUUACCAACGCCUUUUCUGAAGGGUCGCACUUCAUGACCGACUCAAGAAGGCCCAGUGGGUCUUCGACCAAACUCAAGAGUAUCUCAAAUCACUCCGCGCUGCAAACAAAAAACAAACACUUUCACAAAGAUGCCCUCACUAGUGUAGCUAGAAACAAGAUUAAUAGUCCCACCCAAAGAUGAUAAUAUAAUUCGCAAUACUUAAUGCAAUUCCACGAUCGAAAUUCGCUGUUUUGCUUGUUGUCUUUUAGAAUAUUAAGUUAAAAGGAAGUGAAUGGAAAUAUUGCCCUUCUGUUUAAGCCUUAAUAGCAUUGCAUGUAUAAUUUGGGUAUAUCAAAUAUCAAAAAGGAAAAUAUAUAAAAAGUAAACAAUCCAACGUGGGCGAUGCUGUUGUUACAAUUUACUAUUUGUUUAAAAGCAAUGAAAUGGUCCUUGCAUUAACUCCUGUUUAAUUGCCCCAAUAUCGUGCGUUUAAAACCAACUAACGUUUAUAUACGCCUACUUGGUCUUAUCAAGUCACCUUAUCUCUCCGAUAUUUUCAUUUAAGGAACCAGCUAAAAGGGUUCUGAUGUUUUUAAUGAAAGACUGUUUUCGUCUUGUGAAAAUAAUUCCCGAAACUUAACUCGAGCUUGUAAUAGUAUUUCAAUUCUAUUGACUAUAUUUUUAAACCGAAAUGGGAAGCUGAAAAUGUAAAACACUUUGUGUAUUUGAAUUUCAUUUAGUAUAGCAUUCACCGGCAACAGUCAAUAAUUAAAGCCCUGUAACAAAAUAUGGACUUGGAACAUAUAAAAACUCUGGCCCGCGCUAACCCCAGGGAGACCAUAAAAACCCGAAUUUGACGAGAUGGAUUAUAGCUCGUGACAUCAGUGGCAAAUUUUACUACUUUGAAAGUAACUGCUGAAUUUAUCCUCCCACACCCGAUUGCUCGCAUAGCGAAAGUAGACAACAGAUAGAUGUAGCCGUUAUCAACGAGGCUGCCAUAACAAGCCUAAAAGCACAGAGAAAGUACUUCAUUACUCAAAUGGGUUCAACCUGACUGUCGAUAGCAGUGUAUGACUCGUUAGAACGUCAAAAUUCAAUUAGAAAUUAAUAUUAAACGUAUUUACUGUGUA